CAGAUGCUUUCUUUACGUGUCGAAAGAAUGUGUUUCUGGCGAAGAGCACGUCCACCCAGAUAGAAGGCGUCUUUGCUGCAACCAGAGGAAGGUCGGUCCCAGAAGAGCAAGAAGCCCUUCUCCAGCAGUGGUUGGAGGAAGGAGCAGGGAAUUUGCCAGCCAGUGAGAGUGCUCCAGCAGUGGGGAAAGUAUCAGUUACGCUCACUAGUGACUGGUUAGAAGGUUCAGAGCUAUUGAUGACUAGCCUCAGUGACCUGAAUUCGGCUCCAGAAGUCGGCCGGUGUGCUGGUCAGCAGCUCACAGAGCUACAUGCCUUGGCUUCUUCAGAACCGCAAGAUCAUGCAGUGACUGAAUUGGCAAAAUUACCAGCAGAGGAAACAGUGGCUGUAGCAGGCAGUGCCCCUUGGGCAGCUGUGGUGCCACAGACAGAUCACCCAAUAGCUGGCUGUGCCACUAUCAGUGUAGAAGUGCAGCAUGAAGACCCAGCUGUGCUGGCCUGGAGUUUACCACGUGAUGCAGAGACAAUGCCAACGGUGCCCUCAGCCCGGCCCAUUCAGGAUACGGUACAGUUUUGUCCUCUCCCGACAGAGGUACCCUACCAUGAGAUUUUAUGGAGAGACUGGGAGGAUCUUUCUGUCCGGCCCUGUGUGCUAGAGCAGGUCUCGAAGAACACUCCUCUCUUUGAAUUUCGAGUCAUGUCUUACAACAUUCUUGCCCAGGACCUGGUGGAGCAGGGCCUGGAUCUCUAUGUACACUGUCAUCCAGACAUCCUGAACUGGAAUUACCGCCUUCCAAACCUUUUGCAGGAGAUCCAGCACUGGGAUCCUGAUGUUCUGUGUCUCCAAGAGGUGCAAGAGAACCAUUACUGGGAGCAGCUGGAACCAACGUUCAAGGAGAUGGGCUUUGCAUGCUUCUAUAAACGGAGAACCGGGACGAAGACAGAUGGCUGUGCAGUGUGCUAUAAGCACAGCAGGUUUCAGCUGAUCAGCCUCAGCCCCGUGGAGUACUUCCGGCCUGGCCUGGACGUCCUCAAUCGGGAUAACGUGGGCUUGGUGCUGCUGCUACAGCCUCUGCUCCCGGAGGGCCUAGGUCUGAAGGCAGUCAGUCCUUUGUGUGUGGCCAACACUCAUGUGUUGUUCAAUCCCCGGCGGGGAGAUAUCAAACUGGCCCAGAUGGCCUUGCUCCUAGCAGAGAUCGACAAGAUUGCAAAAACUACUGAGGGCAGCUACUGUCCUGUCAUCUUGUGUGGAGACCUUAACUCUGUACCUGAUUCUCCACUCUACAAAUUCAUCAGGAACGGUGAACUUUCCUACCAUGGGAUGCCAGCCUGGAAGGUGUCUGGUCAGGAGGACUUUUCCCAACAGUUGUAUUCACGGAAACUGCUGGCCCCACUGUGGCCAAGCUCACUGGGUGUGACGGACAACUGCCAAUAUGUCGCCCUGUGCCAACCAAAGAAACUAGGCAGACAUAAGUACAGCCGGGACUUCCUGCUCCAGUUUCGUUUUUGUGAUGUUGCUUGUGAACGACCACCACAGCUGGUCCUCUUGGAAGGUGUGACAGAUGCUAAACCAGACCGCCCUGCACACUGGCCCAAGCCUGCUGCCAUGGUGAAAGACACCGAUCCCCAGCCAUUCAUCCCAAGGUCUUCAGGCAUUAUCCAGCAUGGCCUCAACCUGACCUCUGUCUACAGCCACUUCCUGCCACAGAGGGGACGCCCGGAGGUCACAACGAUGCCCAUGGGGCUUGGAGCCACCGUUGAUUAUAUCUUCUACUCAGCAGAGCCUUUGGCAAAUGGGAACAGGGGGGGUCGAAGGCUCUACCAGGAUGGAGCCCUGAAGCUGCUUGGCCGCCUUUCCCUUCUUUCUGAAGAUGUCCUGUUGAUGGCAAAUGGCUUACCAAAUCCUUUUUGUUCAUCUGAUCAUCUCUGCCUGCUGGCUAGCUUUGGCUUGGAGAUCUCCAGUCUCAGAGAGGGUUAGUGUUGGUUACCUUUCCCUAAAGAAAA